AUGAAGCAGGUAGGGGCGGCGGGCGGGGCGCGGCUGUCCCGGGCCCUGAGCGCUGCCGGGCUGCCGCCGCAGGCGCUGGGGGACGACACGGAGGAUGUGUCCCUGGAUUUCGGCAGCGAGGAGGAGCUGGCGCUGCGGAAAGCGCGGUUCAGGCACCCACUGGCCACCUUUUUCCACCUGUUUUUCCGAGUGAGUGCUAUUGUUACCUACUUGUUCUGUGACUGGUUCAGCAACAGCUUUGUUGCCUGUUUUGUCACUAUCCUCCUCCUUCUGUCCUUUGACUUUUGGUCUGUCAAGAAUGUGACAGGAAGACUCUUGGUUGGUUUGCGUUGGUGGAACCAGAUUGAUGAAGAUGGAAAAAGUCACUGGGUGUUUGAAGCAAAAAGGGUGCCUAUAGUAGCUGCCUCAAGUGAAGCUGAAGCUCGAAUCUUUUGGCUCGGUCUCAUCAUCUGCCCAGUGAUUUGGACAACAUUUUUCUUUAGCACCUUGUUCUCCUUGAAGCUGAAAUGGCUGGCUCUCGUGAUUGCUGGGAUCUCCCUCCAGACUGCUAAUUUAUAUGGCUACAUCCACUGCAAGUUAGGGGGACAAAAAACCAUCAGCAGAGUAACCUCAAGGUUGUUUGGUACCGCAGAUGUUCCCAAGAGACAGAGCAGAAGAAUUUCAGAAGAUGGCACUGAAGAACAUGAGAAGACAGGCACUAGGUAA